AUAUAUUCCUUUAAACCUCACUUCAGCGCUCUCUUUUUUUUCGAGGUGGUUCUCUCGUCCAGUCCUUUCCUGUUUGAUUAGUUUGAGUGAGAGGCAGGCAGCUAAUGGCAACGGGGAUACUGACGGUGUAGCUGGCGAACCCGUUUUGUUCAAGAGAUACGGCAACAUUUGACUUAUAACUAUAAUGCAUUACUAAGUAUCUCCCGUGGUAUAGGCGAAACAGUAUCUUCAGACAGUGUUUAUUGCUAGAAUAUUGUAAGCUAACAGUUAGCUAGCUAACAACAGUGCAAUGUUUUGAACGUCGAUGACACCAGAAUUAGUGGUGCACUCGUUUAUUGCUAGCUAAUUAUAUUAUUAGGUAACUUAGCUACAUUAUACCAAAAGUAUCACUUUUUAGAGAUGGACAACGUUACUUCAUCGUCACACCAUCAUGCAUAUGAAUCAGAGGGCCAGGGGCACAGUCCACCAUACAGGAGGCGGACGGUGGAGGAUUUCAACAAGUUCUGCACAUUUGUGUUGGCAUAUGCAGGCUAUAUCCCAUAUCCCCAGGAGGACUCUCCUCUGCGUAGUAGCUCCAGCCCCCCCAACAGUACAGGCAGUACAGCAGACAGUGAUGGCCCUGUCUCUCAACCCCCCACUUGCCCCCCGCGGCCCCCCAUACCCCUGCAGGACAAGAACAGGAAACGACCCCAUCCCACGGGAAUCCACCCUGGGGCCUCACUGUCCAGCCAUGUUAUGAAAAAUCAUGGCCAUUUAGCGUCCUCUCUGCACCCAGAUGACCAGAGGAAAGCCAACAAACUGAAGAAGAGGAGGAAGGACCGGGAGAGCCAGGCCGGCGAGCCGAGCUCUGCACAUCAGGCCUACGCAAUGAGCCCAGAGCCACAGUUCCCCCUGCGAGGACGACCAAUCAAAGACGAGCCUGAGGAUGACUUCUUUAUCCCCCUCCACCCUUCGUCCCCUCACCCCCUGCCCAGUCCCUCUCAGUUCAAUAACUCCUCCCCCUGUAAGCAGGAGCACAAUGAGGAGUGGGAGUGCUGGGCGGGACAGGGGCUGGUGGAGGGCAUGGUGAAGGUGGAGAGUUUUACUGGGAACAGGACGGUGAUCCGACAGGGGAAACAAGUGGUGUUCCGAGAUGAGGAUGGCUCCGGAGAGGAUGAGGACAUCAUGGUGGACUCCGAUGAUGACUCGUGGGACCUGGUGACGUGUUUCUGUAUGAAGCCGUUUGCAGGCCGGGCUAUGAUUGAGUGUAACCAGUGUAACACGUGGAUCCACCUGUCCUGUGCUAAGAUCAGGAAGUCCCACGUUCCUGAGACUUAUAUGUGUCAGAGCUGCAGAGGCACACUGGGCCUGGCAGACACCCGCCGCUCAUACCGCUCACGCAUUGGCCCCCGCAGACACCUUCUUGACUGACCCAUUGCAAACCCCUUCACCCCUUUCACCUGCAUUUAGACCAUGCCCCAUACGGUUCUAACCCCAACCCGGUCCUGUAACGCAUGCCCCAGGCCAGCCCUUUCCUUUUGUCCCUGACCCCAGUCCUACCCCAUGCCCCAGGCCCUUUCCCUCACCCCUAUUGCAUCGACUAAGCCUACUAGCCAUCCCUCGGGGUCUUCAACACCCCCAAACUAAACCGAUCCGAGUGCUAUUUAAGAUUUAUUAUACAUUUGACGGUUUCUCUCUGCUUCCUUCCGGACUCUGUGCGUAAGUCAAUCACUGAAUGUCUGUCUGUAGUAGUACAAUAGUUGACCAGUAGGGUUGGACUCCGUAGUCUAGUCUGGCUGACCGGUUAGCUCCGACUGGAUAGAGACUAGCGACGCAUCUCGCAUGAACAGUGGAAACCUGUCUUCACUCUUAAAUAGUCAGAGAGAAUGGCCUAUAGAGCUGUCACCCAACGGUGUGCAUUUUGGGACGUUGGCUUAAAGGGGUGUGUUGACUUGCCAACCCCUUCUCCCCCAACCACCCUCUCAACUUGGUGGUUGGUACGUUUGUCUAAGGGAAGCCUUUGUCUAAAGCCUCAAGCAGAGGGUCUGUAGAUAAUGAUGUCCAGUUCUAUACUGAACAAAAAUAUAACUGCAACAUACUGAGUUAGUUCAUAUAAGGAAAUUUGUCAAUUGAAAUAAAUAAAUUAGGCCCUAAUCUAUGGAUUUCACAUGACUGGGAAUAUAGAUAUGAAUCUGUUGGCCACAGAUACCUUAAAAAAAAAAGUAGGGUCAUGGAUCAGAGAACCAGUAAGUAUUUGGUGUGACCACCAUUUGCUUCAUGCAGCAAUAGUUGAUCAGGCUGUGGAAUGUUCUCCUAUUCAAUGGCUAUUCGAAGUUGCUGGAUAUUGGCGGGAUCAAUCAAUGUCAAUCAAUGGGUGACAUGUCUUGAGUUUUAUUUUUUACCUUUUAUUUAACUAGGCAAGUCAGUUAAGAACAAAUUCUUAUUUUCAAUGAUGGCCUAGGAACAGUGGGUUAACCGCCUGUUCAGGGGCAGAACGACAGAUUUGCACCUUGUCAGCUCGGGGAUUUGAACUUGCAACCUUCCGGUUACUAGUCCAACGCUCUUACCACUAGGCUACCCUGCCGCCCCAUUCUUCCAUGUGCAGGCCAUGGAAGAAGUGGGACAUUUUCAGCUUCUAGGAAUUGUGUACACAUCAUAGGGCCGUGCAUUAUCAUGCUGAAACAUGAGGUGAUGAAUGGCACGACAAUGGGCCUUGUCACGGUAUUUCUGUGCAUUCAAAUUACCAUCGAUAAAAUGCAAUUGUUUGUUGUCCGUAUCUUGUGCCUGCCCAUAUCAUAACCCCACCGCCACCAUGGGGCACUCUUUACAACCUUGACAUCAGCAAACCGCUCGACCACACGACACCAUCCAUGUGGUCUCUGUUUGUAAGGCCUGUUGGAUUUACUGCCAAAUUCUCUGAAAUUACGUUGGAGGCGGCUUAUGGCAGAGAAAUUAACAUUCAAAUAUCUGGAAACUGCUCUGGUGGACAUUCCUGCAGUCAGCUUGCCAAUUGCACGCUCCCUCAAAACUGUGUUGUGACAAAACGGCACAUUUUAGUGGCCUUUUAUUGUCCCUGGCACAAGGUUCACCUGUGUAAUGAUUAUACUGUUUUAUCAGCUUCUUUACAUGCCACAUCUGUCAGGUGGAUGGAUUAUCUUGGAAAAGGAGAAAUGCUUACUAACUGGGAUGUAAAUAUAUUUGUGGACCAAAUUUGAGAGAAACACGCUUUUUGUGCGUAUGGAACAUUUUUGGGAUCUUUUAUUUCAGCUCAUGAAACAUAGGACCACCACUUCACAUGUUGCAUUUAUAUUUUUCUUCAGUACAGAUAAAUGGAACGCAUUCAACUCUUUCUUUCAAUAGACAGUGCUUGAAAUGGUGCUCGAGACAACCAAGGAAUUAUCCCAUAUGACAAACAUGUAAAAGAGGCAUCACUUGAUGUGUUUCAUAUCAACACUUCUCCAUCAAGUGAGUGCUGGCCAUAGACAACCAACUUUUGGCCACGACUGUAUUGAGAAUGAUACAACAAAUAUUUAAUUUCCACAAAGUUUGCUGCUUCAGUGUCUUUAGAUAUUUUUGUCAGAUGUUACUAUGGAAUACGGAAGUAUAAUUACAAUAAGUGUCAAAGGCUUUCAUUGACAAUUACACAAAGUUGAUGAGUCAGUAUUUGCAGUGUUGACCCUUCUUUUUCAAGACCUUUGUAAUCUGCCCUGGCAUGCUGUCAAUUAACUUCUGGGCCACAUCCUGACUGAUGGCAGCCCAUUCUUGCAUAAUCAAUGUUUGGAGUUUGUCAGAAUUUGUAGGUUUUUGUUUGUCCACCCGCAUCUUGAGGAUUGACCACAAGUUCUCUAUGGGAUUAAGGUCUGGGGAGUUUCCUGGCCAUGGACCCAAAAUAUCGAUGUUUUGUUCCCAGAGCCACUUAGUUAUCACUUUUGCCUUAUGGCAAGGUGCUCCAUCAUGCUGGAAAGGCAUUGUUCGUCACCAAACUGUUCCUGGAUGGUUGGGAGAAGUUGCUCUCGGGGGAUGUGUUGGUACCAUGCUUUAUUCAUGGCUGUGUUCUUAGGCAAAAUUGUGAGUGAGCCCACUACCUUGGCUGAGAAGCAACCCCACACAUGAAUGGUCUCAGGAUGCUUUACUGUUGGCAUGACACAGGACUGAUUGUAGCGCUCACCUGGUCUUCUCUGGGCAAGCUUUUUUCCGGAUGCCCCAAACAAUCGUUAGGGGGUUUCAUCAGAGAAAAUGACUUUACCCCAGUCCUCAGCAGUCCAAUCCCUGUACCUUUUGCAGAAUAUCUGUCUGUCCCUGAUGUUUUUCCUGGAGAGAAGUGGCAUCUUUGCUGCCCUUCUUGACACCUGGCAUCUUCCAAAGGUAUUCGCCUCUCUGUGUGUGCAGAUGCACUCACACCUGCCUGCUGCCAUUCCUGAGCAAGCUCUGUACUGGUGGUGCCCCUAUCCCGCAGCUGAAUCAACUUCAGGAGAUGGUCCUGGCACUUGCUGGACUUUCUUGGGCGCCCUGAAGCCUUCUUCACAACAAUUGAACCGCUCUCCUUGAAGUCCUUGAUGAUCUGAUAAAUGGUUGAUUUAGGUGCAAUCUUACUGGCAGCAAAAUCCUUGCCUGUGAAGCCCUUUUUGUGCAAAGCAAUGAUGAUGGCACUUGUUUCCUUGCAGGUAACCAUUGUUGACAGAGGAAGAACAAUGAUUCCAAGUACCACCCUCUUUUGAAACUUCCAGUCUGUUAUUUGAACUCUAUCAGCAUGACAGAGUGAUCUCCAGCCUUGUCCUUGUUACCACAAGUGUGUGUUGACGAGAGAAUCACUGACAUGUCAGCUGGUCCUUUUGUGGCAGGGCUGAAAUGCAGUGGAAAUGUUUUUUAGGGAUUCAGUUAAUUUGCAUGGCAAAGAGGGACAUUGUAAUUCAUCUGUUCACUCUUCAUAACAUUCUGGAUUAUAUGCAAAUUGCCAUCAUACAAACUGAGGCAGCAGACUUUGUGAAAAUUAAUAUUUGUGUCAUUCUCAACUUUUGGCCACGACUGUACAAACACGCAUACACUGAGUGUACAAAACCACUCUUUCCAUGACAGACUGACUUGGGAAAAUGAAAGCUAUGAUCCCUUAUAGACGUCGCCUGUUAAAACCACUUCAAACUGUUGAUGAAGAGGAGACAAAUAAAGAUGAAUCUUAAGCCUUGAGACCUGGAUUGUGUAUGUGUGCCGUUCAGAGGGUGAAUGGGCAAGACAAAAUAUUUAAGUGCCUUUGAACUGGGUAUGGUAGUAAGUGCCUGUUGCACCAGUUUGAGUGUGUCAAGCCAACUUGACACAACUGUGGGAACCAUUGGCAUCAACAUGGGCCAGCAUCACUGUGGAAUGCUUUCGACACCUUGAAUCCAUGGCCUGGACAAUUUGUAUAUGUAUUUUAUUUAAUGAGGCAAGUCGGUUAAGAACAAUUACUGCCAACCCCGGCCAAACCCUAACGACACUGGUCCAAUUGUGCGCCGACCUAUGGGACUCCCAAUCAUGGCCAGUUGUGAAACAGCCUGGAAUUGAACCAGGGUCUGUAGUGACACCUCUAGCACUGAAAUGCAGUGCCUUAGACCGCUGCGCCACCCGGGAGCCGCAGAAUUGAAGCUGUUCAUAGGGCAAAAGGGGGGAGGGUGCAACUCAAUAUUAGGAAUAUGUGCCUAAUGUUUUGUACACCGUGUAUAUAUGAUGCAGUGUCUGGUCCCUUUUUCUGGUCAUAGGUUGCACCUCAGUCACUCUGUUGUCAUGCCAUUGUUAUGAACGUUCCAAAGCCGCCCUCUGCUGGCGGCGCCAUAGUGGUGAUAAACCCAAUCAUUCUGCAAUAGGCAAACUAUUUGGCCUAAAUUACACUAUCGCCUGGGGAAAAAAGUUGAUAUUUCUAAAGUAGUCAGAUAUUUAGUAGGCAAUAUUGUCAUGUCAUUAGCUAGCAAAGUUAGUCAAAAAUAGCUAGCAAUUCUAACGUUAGCUCGGUGGCCUCCCCUCAAUUUUAGCUAACUAGCUAACGUUGUACUGCAUCUAAAGUCAAUCUGGCGACAUCCGACUGAUGGCAAGGGGGGUUUCUACUAAUUAUUUGCCUCCAUUUGAAUGUAAUUGUAUUUCCAAGCCACUGUAUUGCACUUUUAAUGAAAUCAUCAGCGCUCAUUGACGAUGCGUCUAGUAGAUGGUGCUCAGUCGGGCAUCAGUCUGAAACAAAUGUUCAAAACAACAUUGUGACGAAACAUCGAAUAUAUUAUUAGAUCAGUUCUUUCUCCUAGACCAGGGUCUGUACCUGCCGCCAUCCUUCUCAAAGCUUUUAUCUCUUCAGUUAGAACAUUGAACAACUAUUUGUGGAAAUUAUUUCCCUGUUAACGUUCCUGGCUGUGUUUCCAGAAGCCAUUUCAGUUUUACAUUUUAUGAAGAAUUCAGAUUAUUUUUCCACAAUAGAGCCAGGUGACUGUUGGAAACAAUCACUCAUUGAAUUAAGCUCCACUCACAAACACCACCAUGUCGGGAACAGUUUAAUGGUCCUGAACAGACCCCAGUUGGUUAAUGGGUACACAUUGAUGUGGCUUUGAAGAGAGCCCUGGGUGAAGAAAAUGCAUUAACGUGUGGUGAGCGAAAGCGCACACGUAGCCAUGUAAAGUGAUGUCAUUGGUCCGGUCCAGAAACAAGCCCCUAUCCCCAGGCAUUUCAUGUAAAGUGAUGUCAUUGGUCCGGUCCAGAAACAAGCCCCUAUCCCCAGGCAUUUCAUGUAAAGUGAUGUCAUUGGUCCGGUCCAGAAACAAGCCCCUAUCCCCAGGCAUUUCAUGUAAAGUGAUGUCAUUGGUCCGGUCCAGAAACAAGCCCCUAUCCCCAGGCAUUUCAUGUAAAGUGAUGUCAUUGGUCCGGUCCAGAAACAAGCCCCUAUCCCCAGGCAUUUCAUGUAAAGUGAUGUCAUUGGUCCGGUCCAGAAACAAGCCCCUAUCCCCAGGCAUUUCAUGUAAAGUGAUGUCAUUGGUCUGGUCCAGAAACAAGCCCAUAUCCCCAGGCAUUUCAUGUAAAGUGAUGUCAUUGGUCCGGUCCAGAAACAAGCCCCUAUCCCCAGGCAUUUCAUGUAAAGUGAUGUCAUUGGUCCGGUCCAGAAACAAGCCCCUAUCUCCAGGCAUUUCAUGUAAAGUGAUGUCAUUGGUCCGGUCCAGAAACAAGCCCCUAUCCCCAGGCAUUUCAUGUAAAGUGAUGUCAUUGGUCCGGUCCAGAAACAAGCCCCUAUCCCCAGGCAUUUCAUGUAAAGUGAUGUCAUUGGUCCGGUCCAGAAACAAGCCCCUAUCCCCAGGCAUUUCAUGUAAAGUGAUGUCAUUGGUCCGGUCCAGAAACAAGCCCCUAUCCCCAGGCAUUUCAUGUAAAGUGAUGUCAUUGGUCCGGUCCAGAAACAAGCCCCUAUCCCCAGGCAUUUCAUGUAAAGUGAUGUCAUUGGUCCGGUCCAGAAACAAGCCCCUAUCCCCAGGCAUUUCAUGUAAAGUGAUGUCAUUGGUCCGGUCCAGAAACAAGCCCCUAUCCCCAGGCAUUUCAUGUAAAGUGCCCUUGGGAGCAGGGGUCAGAGGUUGUUUCUGGACAGCCAUUGUCUCUGCCCCUUGGUUCUCAGUCCCCUCAGGUUAGUCCUAUAGGUUAGAGAGCAAUGGGGCCAAUGUAGGAUUUAUUCAGCCAUCAAUCAAUGCAUUAUCAAAACCAUUGUGCAAGUGUCUUAGGGCUCUAUAUAUGGGGUGUUUUGGCAUUCUGAGCUUUUCCUGGCCAUGUGACCUGACCACAAAACAAGUUUUAUAGGCUAUAACGAGGACCCAGAAUUUUUCAUGGUCAGGACAACUCCUGACCCUACACGUCUCCUUCUGGUGUACUCAUUUGCACAAAUCAGUAUUUAAUCUCUCACCUGAUCCCUACCAGGCUCGCUGGGGUUUGAUAAUGAUCACUACCAGGCUCGCUGGGGUUUGAUAAUGAUCACUACCAGGCUCGCUGGGGUUUGAUAAUGAUCACUACCAGGCUCGCUGGGGUUUGAUAAUGAUCACUACCAGGCUCGCUGGGGUUUGAUAAUGAUCACUACCAGGCUCGCUGGGGUUUGACAAUGAUCACUACCAGGCUCGCUGGGGUUUGAUAAUGAUCACUACCAGGCUCGCUGGGGUUUGAUAUUGUAUUUUGGAGUUUCUGGAGAAGUGUCCUUCUUCAAGCUGUUUGCAUUUUGACCGUGUUUGGAAUUUAAGCUUUUUCAAAUAUUCAUGUUUUCACCAGUUGUCAAGUCUAAGCUUGCUGAUGUGUACAUAUUGUUGUUUCUUGUCGACCUCAUAUAAAGUACCUUCAGAAUGUAUUCAUACCCCUUGACGUAUUCCACGUUUUUGUUGUUACAGCCUGAAUUGAAAAUCUAUUUUUUGCUCACCCUUCUCCAACAAUACCCCAUAAUGACAGUCAAAACGUGUUUUUAGACAUCUUUGCUAAGUUACUGAAAAUUAAAUAUUUAAUUUACAGAAGUAUUCAUACUCCUGAGUCAAUACUUUCUAGAAGCAUAUUUGGCAGUGAUUCCAGCUGAGUAUUUCUGGGGAUGUCUCUCAGAGCUUUCUCCACCUGGAUUGUGCAACAUUUGCCCAUAUUAUUUUCAAAAUUCUUCAAGAUCUGUCAAAUUGGUAGUUGAGCACUGCUAGACAACCAUGUUCAGGUCUUGCCAUAGGUGUUCAAGUAGAUUUAAGUUAAAAUUGUAUCUCGGCCACUCAACAUACACUGUUGGUAAGGAACUUUAGUGUAGCUUGGGCCUUUUGUUUUAGGCUAUUGUCCUGCUGAAAGGUGAUUUAAUUUACCAGUGUCUGGUGGAAAGCAGACUACCAGGUUUUCCUCUAGGAGUUUGCCUAUGCUUUGCUCUAUUUUGUUUUAAUUUUCUAUGCUGAAAAACUUCCCAGUCCUUAAUGAUUACAAGCAUACCCAUUACAUGAUGCAGCCACCACUAUGCUUUAACAUAUGCAGAGUGGUACUCUGUAAUGUACUGGAUUUGCCCCAAACAUAACACUUUGUAUUCAGGACAAAAAUGUAAUUGCUUUGCCACAUUUUCAUUUUCUUUCUUUUCAAUAUGUCAAUUAGGUUGUAUUGUGGAGUAACUAUCAACAAUGUUGUUGAUCUAUCCUCAGUUUUCUCUUAUCACAGCUAUUAAAUUCCGCGACUGUUUUAGAGUUACCAUUGGACUCGCGGUCAAAUUCCUGAGCGGUUUCCUUCCUCAACUAAGUUCGGAAGGACACCUCUGUUUCUCGUGACUGGGUGUAUUGAUAUGCCAUCCAAAGUGUAGUUUAAUAACUUCCCUGUGAUCAAAGGGAUAUUCAAUGUCUGUCUUUUCUUUUUUUUGCCAUCUACCGAUAGAUGCCCUUUUGCAAGGCAUUUUAAAAUAUCCCUGGUCUUUUUGGUUAAAUGUGUUUUGAAAUUCACUCUGAGGGACCUUACAAUUAUCUGUAUGUGUGGGGUACAGAGAUGAGAUUGCCAUUCAAAAAUUGUUAAACACUAUUAUUGAGUGAGUCCAUGCAACUUAUUGUGAUUUUGCCAUAAAGGGUUGACUACUUAAUGACUCAAGACAUUUCAGCUUUUCAUUUUUAAUGAAAUAGUAACAUUUUUUAAACUAUUCCACUCUAACAUUAUGGGGGUGUACCAGUGACAACAUAUCUAAAUGUAAAUCCAAAGUGUAACACAACAAAAUGUGGAAAAAGUCAAGGGGUGUGAAUACUUACUGACGGCUCUGUAAGCCAUAGAUCGAUGUCACUGUCUGACUGUUAGACAUACACCUAUUGAAUGCUUGUCUGGGCUGGGCUUUCUAGAAAGCAAGAGCAAUGGGUUGGUUAGUUAUUACUAACUACAGUUAAUAAGAUAUGGGUUACUGAUAAGUCAGUCAUACUAGAACAAUUUAUUUCAAAAAAAAAAAAAAAUGUAAAUGUUUCAAAAUAUUUAGGAAAGUUAGCAUUCUAACUCAUUGCUCCCGCUUUGUGAAACCCCCUUACUGAGAAUGUGGUGUCUGGUGCAACAUGUUUCUGUGAAACUCUGUAUUGUAAAUAAAGAUUUAAUGAAGAUUUUAA